AAAGUGUUAUAUAAAAUGAAAUCGCUAACUGGGCUAUUGCUGUUGGCUGUGAUUUGCGGCGCAUACGCAAGUCCUGCCUACUUAGAGCAAACCUCCCUGGUACGUCAAAAACGCCAAGCUGACGGCUUUUUAACCAAUACGAGACAAUUGGUUGAAGAAUUAAUAGCAAAUUUGAACAAGGCAGCUCAGGAGGCGAAGGAUGCUGUCAAAACUUUUGGGGACGGACUUAGAGCCGAGGUCAAGCGAAGCCAGCAGAGACUCGAGAAUAGUUUGAAUGAACUGAGAAAGAGAAUCGAGAAUGCAAUCAAAUCACUUGGAGAAGCUGCAUCGGCAUGUGUCACCGCUCAGCAGGAAGAAGCAGAACAAAUGUUUUCAGAGGCUUUACAAAAGGCCACGGCGUGUAGCGAGGACCGCUUAUCAGAAGCCGGUGAACUCCUUAAUAAAUUAUCUGAUAACGCUGACAAACUACGCACCUUUGCAAGCCAGGCUUUUGAAGAAUUGAGAAACUGCACUGAACAACAAAGUAAUAUUUUCACGGCUGGGGCUUGCCUCGGAAAUGUUGCUUUGCAGUCAGAAUUGAAGGGAGCUGGGUUGUUGGCGCAAAGUGGAUUGUUGAUAGGUCGGCUGAACUUACUCUUAACAACGCUCCCAGCAUCUUUAGAAUUUUGCGCCGGUACAGGCCUCGUUAAUGCUGGAAUCGGCACAGCCAGAAUCGUCCUGAAGAUUGGAAGGUGCACUGCUAACUCCGGAAUCUCAGCAUUGGUCGAUGGCGCUAAUGCUACCCCCGUUACUGAAAUCGGUCCUAAAAUAAUUGAGAAUCUUUCAUCGUCGCUUGCAGCUGAGUCUCUCAAUUCUGUUGAUAAAGCUGGAAGCUUAAAACCAAUUUCCAUAAUCGAUAACAACAAUUUGAAUAUAGAUAACAUUGGUGGACCAUUGGAAACACCUGUAAAUUCACUGUUUAAAUUAUUCUCACAAAAGUAAAAGGUUCACCAUUACAACGCAUUGUAACUCUUACCUCGUAACUGUGGUAAUAGUGUUCUUGUAACAGUUGUUCAUUUGGAAAUAAACAAUUAACUAUUACAUACACAUCUGCGGUUUUCUUCAA